CUCCCAGAGUAACACUGCCUCCAUAAGUGUAUAAAAGAGGCAGAGACACACAGAGAGCAAUACACAGAGUCAAACUAAAAACAAAUGGCAGAGAACAAAGCAAGCAUAACCCAUCAGCUCCAGAGUGUGAAACGCAAGUGUGGCAAGUCAUAUAGUCAGAUAGCCAAGGAGACAGGCCUGACCAAUGUCUAUGUUGCCCAGCUUCUGAGACGCCAAGCUCAGCUCAAGGCUGAAACUGCCCCCAAGUUGAGGGCUGCCCUUCCCGACCUGCCCGAGGACCUGAUUGCGGAAAUGAUGACUCCACCCUUGAGGUCAUAUGAUCCCCAAUUGAUUCAGGAUCCCACUAUUUACAGGUUGAAUGAAGCAGUUAUGCAUUUUGGUGAAAGCAUCAAGGAGAUUAUCAAUGAGGAAUAUGGUGAUGGCAUUAUGUCAGCUAUAGAUUUCUACUGCUCAGUCGACAAAGUUAAAGGUGUGGAUGGUAAGGACCGUGUAGUUCUGACAUUUGAUGGGAAAUAUUUGCCUCAUACUGAGCAGAAAUCGGAGCACAUGGUUUCAAGGCUGAAUUUAGGAUAGCCUCAUGCUGAAGCAGAUGGUUUCAAACCUGGAAGGAAGAUAAUAUUUAUACAGCCUCAUGCUGAGGCGGGUGUUGAAAAUUUAUUUCCCCUUUUACCAUAAGCUCCAAGCAGUAUUCUAUCAAAAUACUGUAAUGUAUGGUGUUGCAUGGAAAUCAAAUCACCUGGUUUGCAGGCUGCUAGGAAGAUGAUGUUGCAGCCUCAGCUCAUGUUGACACAGUGUUUUUUUUUUUUUUUCCUUUUAUCAAUAAACUCCAUGUAUUUACCUAUAGUUGUUGUGCUGCAUGCUCUAGUGCUGAGGCAAGUGUUGUAAACUUUGUCCUAUGAAUAAAAUCUUUGCAUUUCCCUUUA